ACCAGUCGGCAUUGACUCGUCGCAGCAAGAAGAUCACUUCUCCCCUCUUGAGGUUCAACUCUGCCUUCCCAUUGCCGCGAAAGUCGAACAUCGCCUGAGACGCACACACAGAGAAGAAAGACCGCAGACAAGUGAGUGAGAGAAGAGAGGACCGAGAGAAGAGUGAUUGAGACUGAGACGGACGGACUCAACACAAAGACUGAGCAAUGACGGCUGGUAGAAUGGUAAUGACAGAUCUGCUAAAAGCUGAGGAUAUCAAGAAAGCUCUUGAUGCUUUUACAGCAGAAACAUUUGUCCCUAAGAAGUUCUUUGAAAUGGUGGGAAUGAGGGCCAUGACAGCUGAAAACGUGAAGAUGGUCUUCCAGGUUCUGGAUGUGGAUGGUAGUGGAUUCAUAGAGGAAGAGGAGCUAAAGUUUGUACUGAAGGGAUUUUCCAAUGAUGGUAGAGACCUGACUGACGCCGAGACAAGAGCAUUCCUCACAGCUGCAGACAAAGAUGGGGAUGGCAAGAUCGGCAUUGACGAAUUUGAGGCCUUGGUGCAUGAGUAGAAGAUCACUGAACCCCUUCUUCUUCCUCCUCCUCCUCUUCAUCCCAACAUUCAUAUUUUGUAACUGCCAUCUUCUAAUUCGUCUACCUGCCUCUCGGCCCCACAUGUUGAAGUCAGACCAAGGCUGCUAACUAUGAAACGCUAACAAGGCAGGCCAUCUGGGAGUCACCAUGAGGAGGAACACACAGGCAUCAAGGGAAUCAGUGUCAUACCUUUUCACUUUUAUACAUAUAUUUAACCAAACAUUAUGUGUGGAUUUCAAAAUCAUCAAUAUUGAUUUCACAACGACAGCUUUUGGCCUAAAAAAAAAGAGACAAAAACACAGGUGGUAAUUGUGUUGUAGAUGGUGUAGAUGUUUAGAGACUCCUUCAAUCUUUACUUCCUUUUUCUAUUUUAUUUGAAGUUGUGCAUUUUGUCUUUACUAAUUUUAUUUCUGGAUUUUCACACAUCAUUUAGCUUUUUUCUUGUCUUUAUCAUUCACUUUCUGUCAUUCAUCUUCCUCACCUCACCUCUGUCCCCUCCUCCACCAUUUCCUCACUCCCUGUCUCUAAUCAGAUGAUGUAGUAAAUAAAAUCAUAUGAGGAGAGCUGUGAAGAGAAAGAAGACAUCAAUAAGAAAUGAUAAUAAAAAAUAAAAAAC